AUGACUUCUAAAAGGGGCCCCGAAAAUGAGAUAGAGCCACUUCUCACCAAGUCCUCUGAUCCCACUGAAAAGCAACCUAGAUUCAAAUCCUUAUGGAUUCAAUGCCGGAAGCCAUCUGCGAUGUGGCUACUGCCUAUGUAUACUCUGUAUUCAAUCACUGCUGGCAGCUUGAUUAUCCCAGAAUUCAAUGCCACAUUGGGACUGAUUUGCCAUCAGCGACACUCCCCAGACAAAACCAAUUUCCAGUUUGACAUGGAGCGAUGUGACGGAAAUACACAAGUGCAAUCCGACUUGUCACAAUUUUACAUUUAUGGUCAAGUGAUUUCUGGUAUUCUGGGGGCCAUUGCAGGCCCCAAUAUCAUGGGGUUCUCUGAUAAGAUCGGCCGCAAACCCAUUCUAGUAUUCAGUGUACUUGGACCAUUGCUAGCCGACAUUAUUGUUCUUGCUGCCUUGUAUUAUCCCAAUGAAGUCGAUGUGAAAUGGCUUCUCGUUGGAUACGCCAUGGAUGGUCUCAGUGGUUCGAUUAUCACUGCGACGACUGCUUCGCAGGCUUACAUAUCGGAUAUCAGUACGCCAGAGGCUCGAGUAUCAAGUUUCAGUUUCAUACAAGCAGCAUUUAUGAGCGCCCUUGCACUCGGUCCUUUGAUAGCAGGUGGCUUACUCACGAUUUCUGAUUCUCUGAUUCAGGCGUAUUGGAUAGCAUUUACAAUCCAUCUGUCGCUGAUAGUGCUUUUCGCUCUGGUGCUCCCUGAGUCUCUUGGAUCAACGUCAGAGCCUCGAAGUACAGAGCAAAAUGCAGCAAAACAAGGCAAAUCAGAAGCUGAGCCGGGUUUCUUUGGGGUUAUCUCUUCUGCUCGCGCUCUCAUUCCGUCGGAUCGAUCCUCUCAAACGAACAUGUUCAUUCUCGCGUUCACAGAGGCAGCUGUAUUCGGAGUGAUCAUGGGACUCACUCCCUUGCAACUGGCCUACUCCGCAUAUAUGUUCCAUUGGAGAUCUUCUGCUCAAAGCGCAUUCCUCACCGGUGUGAAUCUAUGGAGUAUAUUGGUUCUUGUUGCUAUUUUCCCGCUAUUUGCGUCACUCUUUCAACGGCGUCAAGAGUCCGAGAGUCAAUCUGAAGGCCAAGCCCAAACGACAUUUGGUCCUGGGGAGCUGGGCACAAUACGUACCUGUCUUCUCUUGCAAACGGCAGGAUACAUUACAAUUGGGUUGUUCCCCUCGUCUCUCGGAGCCAUUGCUGGAUCACUCAUUGCAGGAUCUAGUGCUCCUCUUUCGCCUAUCAUGUCAUCUUGUUUGACUAAGAUGGUUCCCGAGGAGCGCCAGGGAGCGCUGCUGGGCGCGCUAAACUUUCUUCAUGCGAUCUUCCGAAUUCUUAUUCCUGCUGGCAUGAACUACGCAUAUGGAAUCAUAGUUAAGACGCAGCCUUAUGCUAUCUUUACCCUCCUGGGCGUUGGAUCCGGUACUUUGCUGGUAGCCACUCUCAUUCCUCCCAGUGCUCCGGCAUCCAAGUAA